AGGUGUUGGAGAGAAAACUUCUGAAAGGAACAGGAAACCUGCUGGGGAGACGGCGGCUGCGGCUUCUCAGGGCGCCCGGGCUGCGGUCGUGGCGGGGUGUCCAUAGCUGCAGCUUCGCUCCUGCCCAGCUUGCCCGGCGCGGGAGCUGGGCUGAGCCGCGACACACAGUCUCUGGCUGUGCCCUCCGCCGCCGCGCUGGGCCGCGGCGGUCCUGCGCUCCGUUCCGCCUGUGCCGCGGCAGCUCCCUGGAGAGAGCGCGGCGAGGGCGCAGGGAAGAGGAGGGACGUGCGCUCUGGAUCAUGAAGCAGCAUGUCUGAUAAAAUGUCUAGCUUCCUCUACAUAGGGGACAUCGUGUCCCUGUACGCGGAGGGCUCCGUCAACGGCUUCAUCAGCACCUUAGGGUUAGUGGAUGACAGAUGCGUGGUGCACCCAGAGGCCGGGGACCUUGCCAACCCUCCCAAGAAGUUCAGAGACUGCCUUUUCAAGGUGUGCCCUAUGAACCGAUAUUCUGCCCAGAAGCAAUAUUGGAAAGCCAAGCAAGCCAAACAAGGGAACCACACAGAGGCAGCCUUGCUGAAGAAACUACAGCAUGCUGCAGAACUAGAACAAAAACAAAAUGAAUCAGAGAAUAAGAAACUGUUGGGAGAAAUUGUGAAAUACAGUAAUGUUAUACAACUACUGCAUAUAAAAAGCAACAAAUAUCUGACUGUCAACAAGAGAUUACCCGCUUUACUGGAGAAGAAUGCCAUGCGUGUGUCCUUGGAUGCUGCAGGAAAUGAAGGGUCUUGGUUUUAUAUUCAUCCCUUCUGGAAGCUGAGAAGUGAGGGUGACAAUAUUGUUGUAGGAGAUAAAGUUGUUUUGAUGCCCGUGAAUGCAGGACAGCCACUGCACGCCAGCAACAUAGAACUUCUUGACAACCCAGGGUGUAAAGAGGUGAAUGCUGUUAAUUGCAACACUAGCUGGAAAAUCACUUUAUUCAUGAAAUACAGUUCAUACCGAGAGGAUGUAUUAAAAGGAGGUGACGUUGUUAGAUUGUUUCAUGCGGAACAAGAGAAGUUUCUGACUUGCGACGAAUACGAGAAAAAACAGCACAUUUUCCUUCGAACAACCUUGCGCCAAUCAGCAACUUCUGCCACUAGUUCUAAAGCACUCUGGGAAGUAGAGGUGGUUCAUCAUGACCCAUGCCGUGGGGGUGCAGGACAGUGGAACAGCUUGUUCAGAUUUAAACAUCUUGCAACUGGAAACUAUUUAGCUGCAGAGCUUAAUCCUGAUUAUCGAGAUGCCCAAAAUGAAGGAAAAAAUGUGAGAGAUGGAGACCUUCCAACUUCAAAGAAAAAACGCCAGGCCGGGGAGAAGAUCAUGUACACUUUGGUCUCUGUCCCACAUGGAAAUGACAUCGCGUCCCUUUUUGAGCUGGAUGCCACAACUCUUCAGAGAGCCGACUGUCUGGUUCCAAGGAACUCUUAUGUUCGGUUAAGGCAUUUAUGCACCAACACAUGGGUAACCAGUACUAGUAUCCCCAUAGACACCGAUGAAGAGAGGCCUGUUAUGUUGAAGAUUGGAACCUGCCAAACAAAGGAAGAUAAAGAAGCAUUUGCCAUUGUGUCUGUCCCUCUGUCUGAGGUCCGAGACUUAGACUUUGCCAAUGAUGCAAAUAAAGUGCUGGCGACCACAGUCAAAAAGCUGGAAAAUGGCACAAUAACUCAGAAUGAAAGGAGAUUUGUAACCAAGUUAUUGGAAGACCUCAUCUUCUUUGUUGCUGAUGUGCCUAAUAACGGACAAGAAGUUCUGGAUGUGGUUGUCACUAAGCCAAACCGAGAACGUCAAAAAUUAAUGAGAGAACAAAACAUAUUGGCACAGGUAUUUGGGAUUCUCAAAGCACCCUUUAAGGAGAAAGCAGGAGAAGGCUCAAUGCUGAGACUUGAAGAUCUGGGGGACCAAAGAUAUGCUCCCUACAAGUACAUGCUGCGGCUCUGCUACCGCGUACUGAGACAUUCUCAGCAGGACUACCGGAAAAAUCAGGAAUAUAUUGCUAAGAAUUUCUGUGUCAUGCAGUCCCAGAUUGGCUAUGAUAUUUUGGCAGAAGAUACUAUCACAGCUUUGUUGCACAACAACAGAAAACUACUAGAGAAACAUAUCACAGCAAAAGAAAUAGAAACAUUUGUCAGUUUACUCAGGAGAAAUCGGGAGCCAAGAUUUUUGGAUUAUUUGUCUGAUCUGUGUGUGUCUAAUACCACUGCUAUUCCUGUAACUCAGGAACUCAUCUGUAAAUUUAUGUUGAGUCCAGGCAAUGCGGACAUUCUCAUUCAAACUAAGGUGGUCUCAAUGCAAGUAGACAAUCCCAUGGAGAGCUCCAUGCUUCCAGACGACAUUGAUGAUGAAGAAGUUUGGCUCUAUUGGAUUGACAGCAACAAGGAACCUCAUGGCAAAGCUAUUAGGCACCUUGCUCAAGAGGCAAAAGAAGGCACCAAGGCCGAUUUAGAAGUUCUUACCUAUUACAGGUACCAGCUAAACCUCUUUGCACGGAUGUGCCUGGAUCGCCAAUAUCUGGCCAUAAACCAGAUCUCUACCCAGCUCUCUGUAGAUCUGAUCCUGCGGUGCGUGUCGGACGAGAGCCUGCCCUUUGACCUCCGAGCAUCCUUUUGUCGCCUCAUGCUCCACAUGCAUGUUGACCGGGAUCCCCAGGAGUCUGUGGUGCCCGUUCGCUAUGCCAGGCUCUGGACAGAAAUCCCCACAAAGAUCACGAUUCAUGAAUAUGAUUCUAUAACAGACUCUUCUAGAAAUGAUAUGAAAAGGAAAUUUGCACUGACAAUGGAAUUUGUUGAAGAAUACUUGAAAGAAGUUGUAAACCAGCCCUUUCCUUUUGGGGAUAAAGAAAAAAACAAACUGACAUUUGAGGUGGUCCACUUGGCUCGGAAUCUUAUAUACUUUGGAUUUUAUAGUUUCAGUGAGUUAUUAAGGCUAACAAGAACACUUCUGGCUAUCCUAGACAUUGUACAGGCCCCCAUGUCAUCAUAUUUUGAGAGAUUAAGCAAAUUUCAAGAUGGAGGGAACAAUGUCAUGAGGACCAUCCACGGGGUGGGUGAGAUGAUGACCCAGAUGGUGCUCAGUAGAGGCUCCAUCUUCCCCAUGAGCGUGCCGGACGUACAGCCCAGCAUCCUCCCAAGCAAGCAAGGCAGCCCCGCUGAGCACGAGGAUGUGACCGUGAUGGACACUAAGCUGAAGAUUAUUGAGAUUUUGCAGUUUAUCCUGAGUGUCAGACUAGAUUAUAGGAUCUCAUAUAUGCUGUCAAUAUAUAAGAAGGAGUUUGGCGAGGACAGUGAAAAUACUGAGACGUCUGCCAACGGCUCUCCAGAUACUUUACUACCAUCAGCUAUUGUUCCUGAUAUAGAUGAAAUUGCAGCACAGGCAGAAACUAUGUUUGCUGGAAGAAAGGAAAAAAACCCAGUUCAACUUGACGAUGAAGGCGGCAGGACGUUUUUGCGGGUCCUCAUUCAUCUGAUCAUGCACGACUACCCCCCUUUGCUCUCGGGAGCCCUGCAGCUACUGUUCAAGCACUUCAGCCAGAGAGCGGAAGUUUUACAGGCAUUUAAGCAGGUGCAAUUACUGGUGUCCAAUCAAGACGUAGAUAACUAUAAGCAGAUCAAGGCAGAUCUAGACCAGCUCCGACUGACUGUAGAAAAGUCUGAGUUAUGGGUCGAGAAGAGCAGCAGCUAUGAGAAUGGAGAAAUGGGUGAAAAUCAAGUAAAAGGCGGUGAAGAGCCAAUUGAGGAGUCAGGACUAACUUUAUCACCAGUUUUUGAAGGAAAUAGAAAACCUCAGAUCGACAGCAAUAAGAGCAACAACUACCGUAUUGUAAAGGAGAUUUUGAUUAGGCUAAGUAAACUUUGUGUGCAGAAUAAAAAGUGUCGGAAUCAACAUCAACGAUUACUGAAAAAUAUGGGGGCUCAUUCGGUGGUGUUGGAUCUUCUGCAGAUACCCUAUGAAAAGAAUGAUGAAAAGAUGAAUGAAGUAAUGAAUCUAGCCCAUACGUUCCUGCAGAAUUUCUGUCGAGGAAAUCCACAGAAUCAAGUUCUUCUUCAUAAACAUCUGAAUUUGUUUUUAACUCCAGGUCUCCUUGAAGCAGAAACCAUGCGACACAUCUUCAUGAACAAUUACCAUCUGUGCAAUGAAAUUAGUGAGAGAGUUGUGCAGCAUUUUGUGCACUGUAUCGAGACACAUGGCCGCCACGUGGAGUACCUGAGGUUUUUGCAAACGAUUGUCAAAGCAGAUGGCAAAUAUGUGAAGAAAUGCCAGGAUAUGGUAAUGACAGAGUUGAUUAAUGGGGGUGAAGAUGUGCUGAUAUUUUACAAUGAUAGAGCAUCAUUUCCAAUCCUUCUCCAUAUGAUGUGUUCAGAGAGAGACCGAGGGGAUGAGAGUGGCCCCUUGGCUUACCACAUCACCCUGGUGGAGUUGCUGGCAGCAUGCACAGAGGGGAAAAAUGUCUAUACUGAAAUCAAGUGUAAUUCCCUUUUGCCCCUGGACGACAUAGUGAGGGUGGUGACCCACGAUGACUGCAUCCCUGAGGUUAAAAUUGCUUAUGUGAACUUUGUUAAUCAUUGUUACGUUGACACGGAAGUGGAGAUGAAAGAAAUCUAUACAAGUAAUCACAUAUGGAAAUUAUUUGAGAACUUCUUGGUGGAUAUGGCAAGGGUUUGCAACACAACUACAGACAGGAAACACGCCGACAUCUUCUUAGAGAAGUGUGUCACUGAGUCGAUAAUGAACAUUGUGAGCGGCUUCUUUAAUUCUCCUUUCUCAGACAACAGUACCAGCCUCCAGACACAUCAGCCAGUUUUUAUUCAGCUGCUGCAAUCUGCCUUCAGGAUUUACAAUUGCACCUGGCCAAACCCGGCACAGAAAGCCUCGGUGGAAUCUUGUAUCAGAACUUUGGCUGAAGUGGCAAAAAAUCGUGGAAUUGCCAUUCCAGUGGAUCUGGACAGCCAAGUUAAUACUCUUUUCAUGAAGAGCCAUUCAAAUAUGGUGCAGAGAGCAGCCAUGGGUUGGAGAUUAUCAGCUCGCUCUGGACCACGCUUUAAAGAAGCACUUGGAGGCCCUGCUUGGGAUUAUAGAAAUAUUAUUGAAAAGUUACAGGAUGUAGUGGCCUCCUUGGAACAACAGUUCAGCCCAAUGAUGCAGGCUGAGUUCUCCGUAUUGGUUGAUGUCUUAUACAGUCCAGAACUGCUGUUCCCUGAGGGAAGUGAUGCAAGAAUAAGAUGUGGCGCUUUCAUGUCGAAGUUGAUUAAUCAUACAAAGAAACUAAUGGAGAAAGAAGAAAAACUGUGCAUUAAAAUUCUUCAGACAUUACGAGAAAUGCUGGAGAAGAAAGACAGCUUCAUGGAAGAGGGUAAUACAUUAAGAAAAAUACUCCUGAAUCGAUAUUUUAAAGGUGAUUAUGGAGUUGGUAUGAAUGGACACCUGUCAGGAACCUACUCCAAAACUGCACAAGUGGGAGGAAGUUUUUCUGGACAAGAUUCAGAUAAGAUGGGGAUAUCAAUGUCAGAUAUUCAGUGUCUGCUGGACAAAGAAGGUGCAUCAGAACUUGUCAUCGAUGUCAUAGUGAACACCAAAAAUGACAGAAUUUUUUCUGAAGGCAUUUUCCUCGGCAUUGCCUUGCUUGAAGGAGGAAACACACAAACGCAGUAUUCUUUCUACCAGCAGUUACAUGAACAAAAAAAGUCAGAAAAAUUCUUCAAAGUUCUCUAUGAUCGAAUGAAGGCUGCUCAGAAAGAGAUAAGAUCAACAGUGACAGUUAAUACCAUAGAUUUAGGUAGCAAAAAAAGGGACGAUGACAGUGAAUUGAUGACAUCUGGUCCACGAAUGAGAGUAAGAGAUUCAUCAUUACAUUUAAAAGAGGGAAUGAAAGGGCAAUUAACAGAAGCUUCUUCGGCAACAUCCAAAGCAUAUUGUGUAUACAGAAGAGAAAUGGAUCCGGAAAUAGACAUUAUGUGCACAGGACCAGAAGCGGGAAAUGCUGAGGACAAGUCUGCGGAGGAGGUGACAAUGAGUCCUGCAAUUGCCAUCAUGCAGCCAAUACUGAGAUUCCUUCAGCUGCUGUGUGAGAAUCACAACCGCGAACUGCAGAACUUCUUGAGGAAUCAAAACAACAAAACAAAUUACAACCUCGUCUGUGAGACCCUUCAGUUUUUGGACUGCAUUUGUGGAAGUACCACUGGCGGCUUGGGCCUGCUGGGUCUCUACAUCAAUGAGAAGAACGUGGCUCUGGUCAACCAAACCCUGGAGAGCUUGACUGAGUAUUGCCAGGGCCCGUGCCAUGAAAAUCAGACCUGUAUUGCUACUCAUGAAUCUAAUGGGAUUGAUAUCAUCAUUGCUUUGAUUCUAAAUGACAUAAACCCUCUUGGUAAAUACAGAAUGGACCUGGUGCUCCAACUAAAGAACAACGCCUCCAAGCUUUUGCUGGCCAUUAUGGAAAGCAGACAUGACAGCGAGAAUGCAGAAAGAAUUCUUUUUAACAUGAGACCCAGGGAACUGGUGGAUGUGAUGAAGAAUGCCUACAACCAAGGAUUGGAAUGUGAUCAUGGGGAUGAUGAGGGUGGAGAUGAUGGUGUUUCUCCAAAAGAUGUUGGACACAAUAUCUAUAUUCUGGCCCAUCAGUUGGCGCGCCACAACAAACUGUUGCAGCAGAUGCUCAAACCAGGAUCGGAUCCAGACGAAGGAGAUGAAGCCUUAAAGUAUUAUGCCAACCACACUGCACAGAUUGAGAUUGUUCGACAUGAUAGGACUAUGGAGCAAAUAGUUUUUCCUGUUCCCAACAUAUGUGAAUAUCUCACUCGAGAAUCCAAGUGCCGUGUGUUCAAUACAACUGAAAGGGAUGAGCAAGGGAGUAAAGUGAAUGACUUUUUCCAGCAAACAGAAGAUCUCUACAAUGAAAUGAAGUGGCAGAAGAAAAUCAGGAAUAACCCUGCCCUGUUCUGGUUCUCAAGGCACAUUUCUCUUUGGGGGAGCAUCUCCUUCAACCUGGCUGUGUUCAUCAAUUUAGCUGUUGCUCUUUUCUACCCAUUUGGGGAUGAUGGAGAUGAAGGUACACUUUCUCCAUUGUUCUCGGUUCUUCUUUGGAUAGCAGUUGCGAUCUGCACAUCUAUGUUGUUUUUCUUCUCCAAGCCUGUGGGUAUUCGGCCAUUUCUUGUAUCAGUAAUGCUCAGAUCGAUAUAUACAAUAGGUCUUGGGCCUACAUUAAUACUUCUUGGUGCAGCUAAUCUUUGUAAUAAAAUAGUAUUUCUGGUGAGUUUUGUUGGAAAUCGUGGCACGUUCACCCGAGGGUACCGGGCUGUCAUCCUGGAUGUGGCCUUUCUCUACCAUGUAGCGUAUGUCCUGGUUUGCAUGCUGGGCCUCUUUGUCCAUGAAUUCUUCUAUAGCUUCCUGCUUUUUGAUUUGGUGUACAGAGAGGAGACUCUGGUCAAUGUCAUAAAAAGUGUCACACGGAAUGGCCGCUCUAUUAUUCUAACUGCAGUCCUGGCUCUCAUUCUCGUCUACCUGUUUUCCAUUAUUGGAUUCCUUUUUCUGAAGGAUGACUUCACUAUGGAAGUGGAUAGGCUGAAAAACCGAACUCCUGUCACAGGCAGUCAUCAGGUGCCUACCUUAACUACCAUUAUGGGAACAUGCACGAAGGAGAACUGCUCACCCACGAUACCGGCUUCGAAUACAGCUGAGGAAGAGUAUGAAGAUGGGAUUGAAAGGACAUGUGACACUCUGCUCAUGUGCAUCGUCACCGUGCUGAACCAGGGGCUCAGGAACGGCGGCGGUGUCGGGGAUGUGCUGAGAAGGCCAUCGAAGGAUGAGCCCUUGUUUGCUGCCAGAGUGGUUUAUGAUCUUCUUUUUUAUUUCAUUGUUAUCAUUAUCGUUCUUAACUUGAUUUUUGGUGUUAUCAUCGAUACCUUUGCUGACCUCAGAAGUGAAAAGCAGAAAAAAGAAGAAAUUCUAAAGACAACCUGUUUCAUUUGUGGACUUGAGAGGGACAAGUUUGACAAUAAAACUGUUUCCUUUGAGGAGCACAUUAAGUCGGAACACAAUAUGUGGCAUUAUUUGUACUUCAUAGUCCUGGUGAAAGUUAAAGACCCAACAGAAUACACCGGACCUGAGAGUUAUGUGGCUCAAAUGAUUGUGGAGAAGAAUCUGGACUGGUUUCCUCGGAUGCGAGCCAUGUCCCUUGUUAGCAAUGAAGGUGACAGUGAGCAAAAUGAAAUUCGGAACCUUCAGGAGAAGUUGGAAUCGACCAUGAGUCUGGUCAAACAGCUGUCGGGGCAGCUGGCGGAGCUCAAGGAGCAGAUGACAGAACAAAGGAAGAAUAAGCAGAGACUGGGCUUCCUCGGAUCAAACACACCCCAUGUGAAUCAUCACAUGCCACCGCACUGAUACCAUGGGGGGAAGCCGUGACUAGCCUUUCAUCAGUGUCCUGCCUGAGCACUGAAUAAAGAGCUGAGAGGGAGGGGAUGAACAGUGCCUAUUGUUGAGAAGUUAAAAACAACCCAGUGCCAAGAUGUGGAGUGGGUUAGCUCCAAGGACAAUUUAUAACUGUGUUUUCAUGGUUGAGAAGGCCCAGCCUAAAGUGCAGCUACUAGAAAGCUCACAUCACACUCUCCAUGCAUGGGGGGAAGGAAUUUGCUCACGGGGCUGGAGAAGGCAGGGAGGAGCAGGGUGGAAGGGGACACAGGGCAGAGAGGACUGUCUCUGUAAAAUCGGUAGGAGUCAGUUUUGUCUUAAUUGCUGACUCCAACCCCUGUUAUGGUUGGUUGGAAUUUCUUUUAACUGUGGCAUAUAGGUCCGUGAUCUAGGAAGGCAUACUUUGGUGGCUUUCUUAAGGAAAAUAACUGAAAAGAUUAAAAAAGAGUUGAAAAGAAAAACGUUAAUGCUUCCAAACCGUAGCUGUCACAGGGCAAUUUUCUUGUUUAUAACAUGAAACACAAUGGAUUUACAGCUCUAGGAACUUAGUACUUUGGAGCUUAUCCCUCUCAUGCUGACAACAUAACUGGAACGCGAUUGCUUUCUCCGGGAUUCGGAUGGGCUCUGUCAACGUGGAGCACAAAAGGAGAUUUUCAUGUAAAGUGUUAAAAACAUGUUUUAAGUCAUGAAUAGGCUAAGAUUUUAAAAGAUUUGGGGAAUAAAAAGCCAACAGUAAGUCCCAGGAAAGACUUUUUUUGUGAACGUUUGUAUGCUAGUAAAAUGCAUUGAGAUUUAUAAAUGAAAAUGCUUAAAGGUGACAGAAAAUACUGAGAAACUUAUGAUGGUGGCAUUGCCUUUUAUAAACAUGGAGUAAAAACUAUUGGUUUCAUGUUUGCUGUGCUUAAAGAACUGCUUAAGGAACCAAGUGUUUUUAUUUAUCCUAUUCCUGCAGUUAGG